GAUUACGAGUCUCGCAUCUAUGAUUCAGUAUUGAUUAUCACGAUUGACAACACACACUCUCAUAAUUAUUUAAUAACUCUCACUUGCAACAUACUUUAAUCUACUAUAAUGCUAAUAUCAAGAAAUUAUCACAUUACAUCGUUACAAACAUUGAUCUUCUCGAUUGUGCUCAUAAAGUUGGUGGCAUCCUCAAGGAUCACUGUGAUAGCAGAUGCAAAUAAUCCAGAUUUUGAGAGCGAUGCGCGGAAAACACCAGCUACCAGUGCCCCAAGUUUCAUUCAACUUGUGAUCAUGCGCUUAAUUUAUGGCAUUGCAUCAACGAUCGGCGUCGAGGAUCGUUUAGAAGAUACAUUCAAUGGAGCAUUUAUUCCUCCCAACGCUGACGAUGGUCUUCUUGGAUUUGGCGGUGGUGGUGGCGACAGUGAAGGAGAUGGCUUUCUAGGCGGCAUCUUUGAAGGAGACGAUUAUCUUUAAGACGCCAUUGAUGGAUCUGUUGAUGUGAAUCGAUUGUUAAUUUAUUUUAAAUUUAAAUCAACUUUAAUGUAUACUGUUAAAAAAUGGUAAAUGAAAGAGAUUACUAUCUUUAAAAAUGCCAUAGAUUAUUAAUUUAUUUUAAAACUAAAUAAACUUUUAUUGUCUAUUUAAAAUAUGAUGAAAUAGGGGCGGAAGCUUUGAAGACAUAAAGACAUAAUCUUUGAUGCCUUCGAUCUAGUGAUGGUAACACGA